GUACAUAUAUACAAUAGAUAUUGUAUGUAGUAAAACACAGAUUUAAUUUUAAAAAAUUUUCAGAAAUUUCAUUUGAAAAGCUAAUUUAAAUUCUUCAGUAAUAGGUGUGUCUUUAGACAGUGACUUGGCUGUGUGGACUCAGCUAGCUUUGUUUGGGUUGAUGCUCAGAUUUCUGUUUCCUCACUCUAGAUUUGAUAGAUUAGUAAGCUUUAUUAAAACUAGACUCAGAUUAUAUUAUCUUUUUUGUGACAUGGAAUAAACUAAUAAAUAAAUACACUUAAACACAUACUCCACUCUCUUGUAAAUAGUAAAUAAAUCAAAGGUUUAAAUGGUUUAAAGGGCCAUUUAAGGUUCCAGGUUUUGGAAAGUGUCACUGGAUGAACAUAACAGGCUUUAGUGGGAAAUGGAUGGAUGAUAAAAAAUAACUGCCCACAAAACCUUGUACACUUUGAACUGUGUGCCAAAUUUAGAUGAUAAAUUUUAUUUUGAAGCAGUAGCUAUUCUCUUCAUCUCUCUGACUUCUGUUCUGGUAGAUUGACCUUGCAGCUAGUUAGCAGCUACUAACCCUUAAAGUCUAACAAGCUCUCAUUUUAAAAACUUUUUAAUUGUAUUAAAUGCAACUGCUCAUAAUGGAUAAGAUACAGAUGUUCUGGAUUGGCCUCUCAUAGACCACAUACACUAUAUGACCAAAAAUAUGUAGACUGAUGACAAUCACACAUAUUUCUUCCCCAAACUCUUAGCGCAAACUCUGAGUCACAAGAGCUGUACAGAAGGUCUGUGUGCAUGUGGAGCUUUACAGAUUCACUGGACCUCAGAGUCCAAACCCUGCUCCAGCAUGACCUGUGCACAAAGCAGCUCAAUGAAGAGUGAAGAACUGGAGUGUCCCCCACAGAGCUCUGAUUUUGGCUCAACCCCACUGACCACCCACUGAACCCCAGACGUCCUCACUAACACCAGAGUCUGAUCUCACUAAUUCCCCCACACACAAUCUAACAUCUAGUGGAGAACCUUCCAGAAGAGUGGAGCUGAUUAGAACAUCAGAGGGAAUAAAUCUGAAAUGAGACGUUCAUCAAACACAUAAGUGUGAGGAUCAAGGGGGAAAGUUUGUGCCCCGUGCCAUCCUGGUGGACCUGGAGCCUGGCACCAUGGACUCAGUCCGUUCUGGACCGUUUGGACAAAUCUUCAGGCCUGAUAACUUUGUAUUUGGUCAAAGUGGCGCUGGGAACAAUUGGGCUAAAGGUCACUACACUGAGGGAGCAGAGCUAGUGGAUUCGGUGCUGGAUGUGGUACGAAAGGAGUCGGAAAACUGCGACUGUCUGCAGGGAUUCCAGCUCACACACUCUCUGGGCGGUGGCACAGGCUCGGGCAUGGGCACAUUGCUCAUUAGCAAGAUCCGUGAAGAGUACCCUGAUCGCAUCAUGAACACGUUCAGCGUCACACCUUCACCCAAAGUGUCUGACACCGUGGUGGAGCCCUACAACGCCACACUGUCUAUCCACCAGCUUGUGGAAAACACAGACGAGACCUUCAGCAUCGACAAUGAGGCACUGUAUGAUAUCUGCUUCCGCACACUUAAGUUGACCACGCCCACCUAUGGUGAUCUCAACCACCUGGUUUCUGCUGCCAUGAGCGGUGUCACAACAUGUCUCCGUUUCCCGGGGCAGCUGAAUGCAGACUUGCGCAAACUCGCAGUCAACAUGGUUCCCUUCCCUCGCUUGCACUUCUUCAUGCCUGGAUUUGCACCGCUGACCAGCAGGGGAAGCCAGCAGUACCGUGCACUCACUGUUCCUGAACUGACACAGCAGAUGUUCGACGCCAAGAACAUGAUGGCAGCUUGUGACCCACGGCACGGACGCUACCUCACCGUGGCAGCUAUAUUCCGUGGCCGAAUGUCCAUGAAGGAGGUGGAUGAGCAGAUGUUGAGUGUGCAGAACAGGAACAGCAGCUACUUUGUAGAGUGGAUCCCCAACAACGUGAAGACAGCCGUGUGUGACAUCCCACCACGUGGGCUUAAGAUGGCUGCCACCUUUAUCGGGAACAGCACGGCCAUCCAGGAGCUGUUCCGACGUAUCUCGGAGCAGUUCACUGCCAUGUUCAGGAGAAAGGCUUUCUUGCAUUGGUACACGGGAGAGGGGAUGGAUGAGAUGGAGUUCACAGAGGCUGAGAGCAACAUGAACGACCUCGUCUCCGAGUACCAGCAGUACCAGGAUGCCACAGCUGAAGAAGCGGAGGAGUAUGAGGAAGAUGAGGUAGAGGAGGAGGAGGACGUACGCCAUGAUGGCCGCCAAGAGGUUCACCACUGAGCUAAGGAUGUUAAGAAAACAACUCCCUUGAUGUCACCUUUAUGAAAGGACUCUCACCAUCUUAAGCUAGCUUAGAUAUAUAAACCUCAGCUACUUAUAAUGCUCUGUGUAACACCUACUUCUUUAGUACCUGAUUUUAGUUAAGUUUAAAACUUUAAUAGAAUGACUGCUAAAUACACAAACAGGCAAAUAGCUACACCAAUGAUUAGCCCUUUAUGUACUGCUAAUUAGCUAGCUAUAUUUAAUACCUUAUAGAGGUGUUAACUAGCUAGCAAUUAAUGUUCGGCUAAAAACACACAAAAAAACCCCCCACUAUAUCACUAUAGUACUGUAUGUUAGCAAUGCUAUGAUCACAGAGAAUUAUUUAGCAUUAAGCAGGAGGUGCUACUGAGAACCACAGCUAAAGUAUGAGUUUGUAACUGCAUCAGGUGGUACAAUAAACUUACCUCACCACA